UUUCACACAUACUUUAAGCACCAGACUCAAAACGUGAAGGACCAAAGCACCACACUGGCAGAACAGAGAGUGAUGUACUCUAAAGAAAUACCUGAUCCAGUCAGUCAGGAUGGAGCUAUAUCCUUCACAGAAGAAGCAGUGUCCAUAUUAACGUCCAGCAGCAUGCUAGCCCGCUCUUUUCUUAUCCAUCCCAGAGUUCUAAAACACCAAGAAAGCUCUGAGACUGACAGCCGUAUCACACAGCGUCGCAAACAUGAGUCUACACCUCCCGAGAAAAAAGACGAAGGUUAUUGGUACAAGCGCAAAAAGAACAACGAAGCUGCCAGGCGUUCGCGUGAGCAACGCCGCAUCAGUGACAAGGCGGUAGAAAACAAAGUUCUGGCUCUUCUUGAAGACAAUGCACGUCUGAAAGCUGAGCUACUGGCACUUAAGUUCAAAUUCGGUUUGAUCAAAGAUCCCACCAACUCACAGAUCUGCUCCUUCGGCUCACAUAACCAAACAUUUCCAGCAAUGCGCUACAGCUGCCCCAAUUCAAGCUCACACACUUCUUUUGGUCAUCCGUUGACCAAAAACUAUGGGUUCUUCAUGCCUGGAGGGUCAAGCAUUGGGAGCCCAGAGCUUUCAGAUGAUGCUGGAGGUGAACACAUACGACAAUCCUCUUACAGAGCUGGUGAACAGCCAAGCGGUAUCACAGCAGUGCAUACAAAUUCAUUAGGAUGGCAAGCGAACAAUAUGAAAGGUCUUCCUCAUAAACUGCGUUUCAAGACGGCAUGUGGAAUUGAAGAUGCUGAUGCUGAGGUCCUUCUUCCAGGGAAGAAUACUACAGAGGGUUUAUGGAGGCCACAAACACACACAAUGCCAUCAGCUUGGCCAACAGCACAUCAGAAUAACGCUUCAAUCCAGAGGCAUACAGAAAGUCACAGCACUAUUAGAUUCCAGAUUAGCGCUUUGACUGAAGAAGUGGCCCAACUCAGAAAACUGCUCUCCCAACAUCAGCUCUCCAAAGUGAACUGAAAUCAUCCGUCCCACCUGUCUUCUGGCCUAUCCAAAGAAAGAAACCCAUUUUAUGAUUAUAACAGACAAAUAUAAGAAGCCAGCUGGUUGUUCACUGGAACAGCUGGUAAUCUAAGUGUUUUUUAAUUUAUGUGAAUUUUUAAUAUGCCUGUCUGCUCCACUGGUAAUGUUCGCUACAUGCUGGAUGCGAUGAGAAAUAUUGUGAAAAGCUCUGCUGUCUUCUGUAUCUGCUGUUGUAGCAUAUGGUGCUUUGUUUAAGCUAUAAGCAACACCGGCAACAUUGAACCUUCACAUAUGGCAAUUCAGUCUAAACCUUUUCUGUGUACCUUUCUUAUUCAGUGCCUGUUAUUUUUUUCAUAAAAUUUCUGUUUGUGCUUUUGCAUGGAGAGAGAACUCUUUUGGUUUUGCCAGUUUUUUUUAAAUGCACCUGUGGUUCACAGUUAUCUUCACGUUAAUUUUACAAACAUGUGCUCUUGUUUCAUGAAUAAGUGUGGACUUUUUAUUUUUUUACCCAUGCUUUCUCACUACAGCCGAAGUACUAGUAUAUAUAAUUUUUUUUUUCAUUUGUCAUUUUAGAUAUUAAACUCUAGCAAUCAGAACGGCCUCAUGUACUCAGUAGUUGCCUGAACACAAGCAGCUCUUGCAGGGUAACAGUAUUUGGCUCCCACAGUGCUGAAGACUAAGUGGCUGAUUACAGCAACAGCUUCAAUGGCAGCGUCAGCACCUCUAUUUAAAGAUGUGAGAGUGGAUGCCAUCUUUUCACUAUAGUAAGGUGUGACUUCAUCAGUCUGCGAUCCUCCACAAAGCAAAACUAAAAGAAACAUUAGUUUUCAGCAGGGAGUUGUAGGAGUGAGUAGUGUAGAGCAGAAAGAAACAAUAUCUGAAUUUAUCUCCUCUAGAGAAUCCCACAGUUUCUGUCUGCCAGACGGUUUAUCGCAGCUAGGUGUUCAAUGCCAACAUCAGCACUUUUGUUCCUAUUUUAAGCUGCAGGAGACAAAGUAAUCGAUUCACGAAUGCAUUUAUGCUCAACGUUAAACAUGCAAGCAAUGCAAAAAGACUGCAAAGAAGCAGCAGUGGAUCGAAACAAAAGCUCUGGCCUGUAUUCUGUAUUUUAAAACCUUGACUUUUGGGUGGAUGAAAAGUGAAAAGUGUGAAACAGAAAUUAAUAAUACAAAUGACCGUUGUUUUUGCAAUCUAUAAAUAAUUAAUAUCAUUUAUAUAACUAUCAUAAACAACAUUUAAAGGAAUAGUUCACCUAAAAAUUUUAACUUGAUGAAGUUUUGUAUUUCAUCUUCAGGCCAUUCAAAAUGUAAAUGAGUUUGUUCCUUCAGCUGAACAGAUUCGGAGAAAUUUAACAUUACAUAACUUGCUCACUAAUGGAUCCUCUGCAGUGAAUGGGUGCCGUCAGAAUGAGAGCCACACACCUGAUAAAAACAUCACAAUAAUCCACACAACUCCAUUCUAUCAAAUAACAUCUUGUGAAGCAAAAGCUACGUUUUAAAAAAAAAUACAUUAAUUUGUUUUAAAUUUAAAAUUUAUCCAAAAUAUCAGUCCACAAUCUAUAAUAAUGCUUCCACCAGUGAAAAGGUCCAUCCCAUGUUAUCCUCUCACAU